UAUCGCUACGACCUCUUGGCAGUGCUUCCUUUAUUUUAUUGUUGCAUUAACAAGUGAAUCAUAAAUCAGUUGUUACUUCGCGUUUAGCUUUAAUCGUUCUUUAGAAAAAAGUGUGCACGUAAAUUUUACGUGGUCUUAGCAUUAACGUAUACAUUUUUGUACGAGAAAUAAAAGAAAAUAAUGGAAAACUCAAGUCGUUGCCUUGCGGAUGCAGAAAAAGAAGCCCUCCUGGACAGUAUUGACAGCGAUGUAAGCUUUACUGAGAACCACCUUGAAGAGGAAGUUGAUUUUGACAGUGACGAUAGUUUGGAGGAUCCAGAUUUCUCUCCUGAAUUCCAGGAAAAUACUUUUGAAGAGGAACUGAUGAAAGCCGUGGAGUCCGCUCAAAAUAUGGCAUCUGAAAAAAAAAAUAAAGGUCCCCUGGCAAAAAAACAAAAGUCAGCACCAACUGUGCAGCUACAACUAAAUGACAUUGAAGAUGUAUCUUCAGUGUAUCUAGUUCUAAUCCACUUUUGGGAAGGAAUGGUCAUGUUUGGAGUAGCAAUCCAGUGCAUCGUAGUAGCGGAAGAGCAAUGGCUAUGAAUGUUGUUUAUAUUCGACCAGGCCCAUAUCCAGGAGCCAAGGAUGCUAUCGGAUCCAUCGAUGCGUUUGGCUUAUUUUUUAACGACGAAAUACUAAACAAAGUGCUUUUGAGAACGAACGAAAAAAUUGCACAACUACGAGAAAAGUAUAAAAUCAAAGACUGCACUGUUUCAGAUACAAAUCUUUGUGAACUGAAGGCCUUGCUUGGACUUAUAUUUCUCUCCGCAACUUUAAAAAAUAAUCAUCUCACCACGGAUGUACUGUUUGACCCCAAUUACUCAGGCGACAGGUACAAAGCAAUAAAAAUAUGCCAGGAAUGUAAGCAGAAUUUCGCAUAAAUUUGUUUAUAAUUAAC